AUGUCUUGUGCUAAUCAACUAAAUGUGUUGUCCUUUAAUUGUUGGGGCUUAGCUUUUGUAUCAAAACAUAGAGGCUAUCGCUUAAAAGCUAUAGCUGAGGCACUAAGUAAAGAAGAUUAUGACAUUAUUACUUUACAAGAGAUUUGGGUAUACAAAGAUUUUGAACUGAUUCAAGCAUCUGUUCAACAUGUUUUACCCUAUUCUAAAUACUUUUAUAGUGGAGCCUUUGGAAGUGGAUUAGCCAUCUUGUCAAAAUUUCCCAUAAUUUCAACUGCUUAUCAUCGUUUUACUUUAAAUGGAAAGCCAUUAAUGAUCUUCCAUGGAGAUUAUUAUGUUGGUAAAGGUAUUGGAUCGGCACUCAUCAAUCAUCCAACCAUUGGUCUUGUUGAAGUUUUCAAUACUCAUCUUCAUGGUGGAUAUGGACCAAAAGAUCGAUAUAGGGCUCACCGUGCUACAGAAUGUUGGCAGUUAGCACAAAUUUUAAGAACAUCAGCAGCAAUGGGUAGACAAAUUAUUUUGUCAGGAGAUUUUAAUAGCAUUCCAACAUCAUUUAAUUAUCGUCUUAUAUGUGAUCAUGGAUUCAUGACAGAUUCAUGGCUACAGAUACAUGGCGAACCUGAUCCAAAGUAUUUUGAUGUGAAUAAUAUAACAGCAGAUUUAUACACUCAAUUUUUUGGGUAUACAUGCAAUUCACCUUUUAAUACUUUCUCUCGCUAUUAUGAUCAGGGAAAGGAUACGAAUGCUAGAAAAGGAUUUGGAAAGCGAUUAGAUUAUAUUUUUUAUAGGCAUACACCAGAGUUACAAUGUAUUGAUUCCAAAGUAGUCUUUACUAAUUCCAUACCAGAUUCACAAAUGAGUUAUUCAGAUCAUUUUGGUGUUGUAUCUAUAUUUAAAAUAAGCAAUGCUCAUCAACAUAAAAAUAAUCAAUUAACUGGGAUGGCCCCACCUUCCUUUUUACUAUGCUAUCCAAAUUAUACACAUUUAGAACCUGCUAUUAUACAUGAUAUUCUAGAUGCAUUACGAACUAAUCAAGAAAGAGCAAAAAAAGAUGCCAACGUAUUACUAUAUACAUUAGCCAUUUGUGCUAUACUUCAUAUUUUACUAUACAUCGUUGUGAUUGUGUUACCAACCACGCUUCAAAGUUAUGGAAGAUUACCCAUUGCUUUAGUUACUGCUUUUGGGGGUCUUUUGAUGAAUUUAACGUUAAUUUGCGUGUUGAUAUGCUUAAUCGUUGGAUUUGUGUUUGGACAUACUGAAGAACGAGCUCUUUUACAAUUUAUAAAUGAAAUUGAAACAUUUCAAAAAAAUAUAGAAGCAGAUAGACAAAAUAAUAAUUACUUUAUUGAAACAACACAUCAAAAUUCGUUAAAAGUCGUAUGA